ACACGAUUGGUCGAGUGGUGGUGACGUAAGUAUUGGAGUAGUGACGUAAGGAAGGAUACGAUAAAGUCGAGAAGGGUUGCAUUUAUAGAAUUUAAAAAAAUGAUUUCUUCAAGACUUUGUAAAUUAAAUCUAUUAAGAUCUUUAAUGGCUGCUCAACAUUGUCAAAGAAAUACCCGACUUUUACACCAAACGAAAGUCUCUUGUAGUGGUGGUCUUUUUGUUCAUCGUGAUACUGAUGAAAAUAAUCCAAAUACACCAUUUGAAUUCACUGAAGCAAAUCUGAAAAGAGCUAAAGCCAUAAUGAGCAUUUAUCCUACAGGACAUCAAGCUGCUGCUGUUAUUCCAUUGCUAGAUUUGGCUCAGAGACAACAUGGAUGGCUUCCAAUAUCAGCAAUGCAUAAAGUUGCGGAGAUUUUAGACAUGCCUCGUAUGAGAGUAUAUGAAGUGGCAACAUUUUAUACAAUGUUCAAUAGAAAUCCAGUUGGAAAAUAUCAUGUACAGGUUUGCACAACCACUCCUUGCAUGUUAAGAGGUGCUGAAGAAGUGUUAGAAUGUGUAAAAAAUAAAUUAGGUGUUAAGGAAGGAGAAACAACAAAGGAUGGAAUGUUUACUGUAAAUGUUGUUGAAUGUUUAGGAGCAUGUGUUAAUGCUCCUAUGAUUCAAGUUAAUGACGAUUAUUAUGAAGAUUUAAGUUUGAAAGAUGUGGAGGAAAUUUUAGAUGAUUUGAAAGCAGGUAGAACUCCAAAGGCAGGACCAAGAAAUGGUAGGUUUGCUUCUGAACCUGCAGGUGGUCUGACAUCUCUCACAGAACCACCAAAAGGACCAGGGUUUGGAUUGCAACCUGGCCUAUGAAUAUCCUUAUUAAUGUAUUUAUAUUUAAAAUACAAAAUGAUGAUUAAAUUUAGAGUUUGUUCGAUAUUUGAAGAAAGACAGAAACUGUACAAGUUGUAAACUAAAAGAAAUAAUUAAACUAUAUUGAUCAG